AUGCGGUUAAAGAAAUAUCAGACCAGCUUGAUGCAACAACCAGCAGCAGCCACACGGAUCUCCCGGGAGCUGAUGGUGCAGCGCUUGUUGGACUGGGCCAGGCGGGAAGCCACCCUCGUGAUCCGCUCAAAAAGAUCGCUGAAGAACGAGGUCAUGAUGCUCAUGGCCUUGGAGGAGAUGCCGGUGGGCCCGGAUUUUCAGGGUGUGGACGGCCGGAAGGAGCUGGAGCUGAUCGCCUCCAACAGCAGCACCCACACCGUCUUCUCCAUCCAGAACUUCGACGCUCUCAAAACCAUCCAGGAACAACUCCAGGCCAAAAUCUUCGCCAUCGAGGGAUCCCAUGGAGCUGAGAAUCUCACUGUCUUCCAGAAUGAAAUGGCCCAGGAAGGAUUCAGCUCCCUCCUGACAUCGGAUGCUGUGGUGAUGGGGACACCGGGAGCGUAUGGAUGGACGGGCGGAGUGGCCUUUUAUCACCGAGAUACCCAGAGGGUCAGUUACCUGACACUGAGUGAGCAAAACGUCGCCUACACCGGAUACUCAGUGCAGAAAGCCACACGGGGAGGGCUCGCGUACUUCCUGGUGGGAGCACCGCGGUACCGACACACGGGGAAGGUGGUCAUCUUCAAACAGGGGAGCAAUGACACCUGGGAGGAAAUACAGCACAUCGUGGGAGAGCAGAUUGGAUCAUCCUUUGGCUCAGAGCUGGGGGCGAUGGAUGUGGACGGGGAUGGAGACACAGACUUGCUGCUGAUUGGAGCACCACUCCAUCAACACCAACGGUUUGGGGGCAAGGUUCACGUCUGUACGAUGUCUCCACAGGGGAAUUUCUCGUGCGGAGUCUCGCUCCGGGGAGCGGAAGGGGAUGGUUUGGGAAGAUUCGGAAGUUCUGUGGCAGUGCUGAGGGAUCUGAACGGGGAUGGAAUGGGGGAUGUAGCUGUCGGAGCUCCACUGGAGGAUGAACAUCGAGGCCGUGUCUAUAUCUUCCACGGGGAACGAGAAGGAAUCAAACCCCAAUACAGCCAGUGUCUGCACGGGGUGAGCCAGUCCCAGUCACUGAGAUACUUUGGUCAGUCAGUCGCUGGGGCGAUGGAUGUCAGUGGGGACCAGCUGACUGACCUAGCGAUUGGCUCUCUCGGCACGGUGACCGUGUUCCGCUCACGGCCUGUUGUGACAGUCUCCCCCAGAGCAGCAUUCCGGCCUCAGCCAAUCCCAAUCUCUCGAUACCGCUGCCACCACGCGGUGCAGACGGACUCACCAAUCACAAUCCUCACCAUCUGUUUCUACAUGGGCACACUGAGGCCAGGCAUGCUGGGAGAGAUCAGCGCCAAUCUCACCUAUCGGCUGGUCCUCGACUUCGGACGGCAACACGGUCGGGUAACAUUCCCGAGCUUUUCCCGGGAUUUAACCACCAGCAGACAGCUUUCCACAACGAUGUCAAUGUGUGAGCAUCACACCCUUCACCUAACGAGUGAUCAUCACGCGCUUUGUUACCAAACCAAGUGA